CCGCAGUAGAUAUUUUUAACAAUUCAAGGGAAGCUCGUAUACAAAUAACAAUAAUUUUUAAAAAUUUUUUACUUUAUUAAUUAAUUAAAAAAUUUUUGUUUUUUUUUUUUAUCUAAAUUUUUUAAAAAAUAAAAAAUGUUGCGGCUGUUUAAAAUUUUCAUAGCCGUUGUAUUUAUAAAUAAAUCGAUAAAUAUAUGUCUGGCAGAGCCACCAAAUAUACAUCUGAAUAAUGUAAACUUCGUAGUGGGAAUUUUCGAAGACAAUCCUGUUGAUCCUGGUCGAUUGAAGUAUUUGGGACAGGGCGUUUUAGUUCAUCACAGAAGUGUUCUUACAGCAUCGAUUAAUUUGUUUGAGGAUAUGGAUUUACUUAUUCGUGUAUACGCUUGGUCAAAAAAGUCAGACACCGAUUUUCAAUCAUCAAAACUUGAGUUUUUUGAACGUGAUGUACAAAAUAUUAUAUUUUUUGACGAGAUGCCGGAAAUCGCUGCACUGUAUUUGGAAAAACCUGUCAAUAAUAUCCCAUUUAUUAAGGAACUAAAUUAUGAUACUUUCGACACCCACAAUGCGAAUAAUGAAUGUGCUUUAGUUAAAUUUAAAUUGAACAAAUCAUUUACCAAAGUUCAAGUUAAGCAGCGGGGUAUAAAGCCACUGGGUAAUUUUAAAGAGAUUGGAUGUAGGGGAAAUAUUGUCUCUAAAAUUUAUGAUUUUUAUUCACAUGACGUAAAAAAUUACUUUUGUGUUUUAGAAACUGGAAAGAAAAAUUGUCAUACGGAAGCUGGAGCAGCUUUGGUCUGUGAGUCAUAUCUGAAUCCAGGGUACUAUUAUUUGGCAGGGAUUAAUAUUUUGAAAGACAAUUGCGAACUGAUGUUUGCAAAUACGCAAAUUUUAAUCAACUCAAUCUAUAAAAAAAAAAGACGAGGACAUUCUUCAAACCCGGAGGAAGGCGAAAACGUUAGGGCUAAGAUGCCUAAUUCACCGUUUUUUGCAUUUCUUCAUUGAAAAUAUAAUUUUGUUUGAUAAAAAAUAAACCUUGGUUAUUUUUAACAAAUUUUAUUCAAGUAAAAAAUAUUUUUGCAA